UAUUUUAAUUUAUCCCGAUUUUUUGAAUCAACUUACUUUUCCUCAAAUUCCCUAGGGAAGAAGAAAUGAGCAUGAUUUCAGAUUCUACAACAAAUGUGACUGGUGAAGUUUCGGAUUCAAACAGACGCAAUUACUGUAUUGAGUCUAACAAGCGUCCUAGACAUGAUAACGGUGUCUCCACUUCCAGAUUCAAAGGAGUUGUGUGUCAAGCAAACGGCCACUGGGGUGCACAGAUAUAUGCUAACCACGUGCGAAUCUGGCUCGGGACAUUUAAAUCAGAGAAAGAGGCUGCAAUGGCUUAUGACAGUGCCGCCAUCAUAAUAAGGAGUGGAGACCCUCACCGAAACUUUCCAUGGACACACAUCACUGUCCAAGAACCAAAAUUUCAAAGUCUAUUCGAUAAAGACGCACUAGUGAAUAUGAUAAAGGAUGGUUCCUACCCAUCCAAGUUUGCAGAUUUUGUAAGGGCUCAAUUUCAAAAGGGAGAGUUUGAAGUUGGUCCCAGCUUGACACCAGUGCAUGCAAGUAAAGGGUCUUUGUGCAGACAAUAUUUUCAGAAGGAGCUAACACCUAGUGAUGUUGGCAAGCUUAACCGACUUGUCAUUCCUAAGAAAUAUGCCUUGAAGUAUUUUCCUCCGAUUUCAGAAGAUUCAAAUGGAGGUGUGUCCAACAUGCCGCUAGUUUUUUAUGACGGGUUGAUGAGGUCAUGGGAAUUCCGAUACUGCUACUGGAAGAGUAGUCAAAGCUUUGUCUUCACCAGGGGUUGGAAUCGUUUCGUGAAGGAAAAGGAAUUGAAGGCAAAGGACAUGGUGAUUUUCUCCACUUGUGAGUAUGAUGGCCGAUCAUUCUGUGUCAUUGAUGUAAGUUACAACGACGGGGUUGAAGGGGUGGUUGACAACAUCAAUGUAGAUAAUGAAAUGCGACGAACAUUACAACUUAGUACAAGGAAAAACUAUGAUGAUGGUGAGAAUGAUGAGGAAUUUGAGGAGGUGAAACUGGAACUUGGUUUGGGAAAAGAAAACGUUUAUGGCGAGGAAGAGAAGAAAUUUGUGGGGACUAAAUCAACAGAACCAGAGAGAAAUGGUCUUUGGCUUUUCGGUGUGCAAAUAAUUUGACAAGGGUGUCUGUUUUUCUAAUAGGAAUUUAGUACUUUGUUCAUUAUAAGAGUUUUCAUAUGCAACUAAUAUUUCCCUCCAGUUUUAUUUCAUUGGGUCAUAUUGGUGAUAUUGGAAACUCCUAUAACUUGGCUUAGAUUGUCUCCAAUAACUUGGCUUAUUGGGGAUGGAUUAUUUUAAUUUAAUUUUUAGUCUGUAGAGACUAAUUUUGUCAAUUCUGUUUUGAAUUAUUGUGGAAGGUUUUGUUUUUUUAAUUUAGUUUUGGAUUUUUAGGCAAUGUGUUGUUGAUCUUAUUUGCAAGAAUGGCACUAUUUUUCUGUA